AGUAAAGUCGUCAGUGGAGUGCUAACAGCUAUAAAGUGAAAACCGUGUUAUUUCUCAGGAUUUUAUAAUUCAUGAAAAUCAGGCAUAAUCUUGCUUUUCCCCGAGUGGCAAGUGUUGCAUGAAUAACUUCGCUAAGAAUUUGAACGAGAAAUACUAGUGAGAAAUUAGUGAGAAAAAACUGCUUUUUAGCAAGUAUAAUUAAAAUAGGUCCUUAUAAGUGAAAUAGUCUUAAAGUGAUCACAAGUGAACUAUUGGGAUGAAUCCACUGUGAAAGGAUUGUAUCGUGAACCCAUGAUGCCCGGGGGGCGAGGGGGCUACAACCCCUACGCGACAAACUCAAACUCCCACGCCAUCAGGCAGGAGAUCCAGAGGUUCGAGAGUGUUCAUCCCUCGAUCUAUGCUAUCUAUGAUCUCAUCGAUCUUGUGCCUGAUCCUCAUCUAGCACAGCAGAUCAGAGAACAUGUUGUUUGCAUUGAAGAUUCGUUUGUGAACUCUCAAGAGUGGACUUUAUCCAGAACAGUUCCCGAUUUAAGACUUGGGAUAGUUGGUUCUUUGUCUAGUGGUAAAUCUGCCCUUGUACACAGAUAUCUUACUGGCAGCUAUAUGCAGGAGGAGUCUCCUGAAGGAGGCAGGUUUAAAAAGGAGGUUGUUGUGGAAGGACAAAGUUAUUUAUUAUUAAUCAGAGAUGAGGGUGGACCACCAGAAUUACAGUUUACGAGCUGGGUUGAUGCGAUCAUCUUCGUGUUCAGCUUGGAGAACGACAGCAGUUUCUCCGCCAUCUACAACUACUACGCCAAGAUGUCUCAGUUUAGGAAUAUACAGGAGAUUCCUCUUAUUCUAGUCGGUACUCAGGACGGGAUCUGUGAUAACAAUCCUCGGAUAAUAGAAGAUGCGCGAGCGCGUAAGCUGGCAAUGGACCUGAAAAGAUGCGCGUACUACGAGACUUGCGCCACCUACGGACUCAAUGUAGAGCGGGUUUUCCAGGAUGCGUGUCAGAAGAUAGUUCAAGUAAAGGGAUUGGGUUCAAGACCAACCACGCCCACCAGCUUCAUGCCACGCCCCUUCACCACAUACAUGUCCUCACCAACCAACGGGUACGCUAACGCAAUAAUACAACAAUCUCACUCACCUGCUGGGAAUAACUACCAGCCUCACUCACCCGCUCACAUACUUCCUCAUCAAAAUUCAUUUACCUCCAAUAAGGAUAUUCGGCCAACUCCGAGCAGUCAGUCCACCAGCAAUGUGAUAAUAAACCCUAUAGGAGUAGAUGAAUACAGGACUAGGAGUAGUCUUAUACAGGACAGGAAUAGUCUUAGUCAGGACAGAUUGCAGGACAGGACUAGUAGUAUAUCAGACAGGUUACAGGACAGGAUAAGUCUGCCCGCUGACCGGCUUGGGUUGGACAGGAUGGGUUUGGAGAGGGAGCGGAGCGGGAUGAAUAGCUCCGGGAGUGGUUCAGGAUCAGAGGGAAACACAAAAUUUCUCAUUCCAGGUAAAUCUUUAAAACAAAACUUUUUUUUUCGUGGUCAUAUCCUCUCCCCCCCCCCCAUCCUUUAAUGUUAAGUUUGAUAG